UGGCUCUUGCUCUCCAGGGCCCUUCAUGUUGUUGGAUUACUGCUGCCGCUGCUGUGGAGUCACGCUCAUCAAACGCCAUGGACCCCUGUCACUCAAGACCACACCCAGUGACACCUGGGUUGUUCUGCAGAAUCUGUUGAUGUGCAUGGUGUGUUUCUACUCUCUGUACUACAUCGCUGUGAGCCUCUGCAUUGGACUGCUCAGAGUUCAUGAGAUUAACAGCUUUUUGGCUCCGUUCGACUACACAACACAACCAUCAUGGCAGAACCCCAAAUACCUGGUGAGUGUCAUCUCCACAGAGGUGACCUAUUUCUUGGGCGGCUUGGUUUUUGCUUGGAUUGUGGAAGAGUGGGUUUGGGACUACGCCAUCACUGUCACUCUGCUGCAUGUUGCCAUGACUGUAGCAGUGAUGUCAGACUUCCCCUCUGCAGAACACUGGUGGAUAGCUCUGGGCUCUGGGCUGGUGAUGAUGAUAUUUGGAGGGCAGCUCUUGGCUUACAGACUCUUCAGGAGUAACUUUGUCUAUCCAGAGGAGCUGCAGAACUUCUGAUGCAUUCAGCACGGCAGCUAUAAAGCUUUUAAAUCAAUUACAGGUUUAUCUCAGGUUUAGAUUCUAAGUAGUUUACUAAUGGAAUAUAUUUACACUGCCAAUACUGUGAGAUAUCUGUGGAUAUUGUCUAUA